GUAAUAAUAAUAAUAAUUCAAAGACUGAGUGAGAUCUACGAGAUCGGAGAUGACGAGAUCCUUUUCUACCACCGCCGCCGCAUUAGCUUCUACGACGGCGGCCAAAAACUCCGGUUUUUCCGCCGUCACCACCACUCAGCGGCGCGCCCUGUCGGAGGAUCAGCUACGCAGCUGCUCCGAAGCUCUCAAAUUCUUCCAGCAAAAAUUAAGCUCUCCGCAAUCGAUUCACCAUGAGUUUCAAAUCUUAGAGGACAGAAUGAAAGCAUUCGACGCGAGGAGUAGUUGCACCGUUGCCCUUGACAGUGUCAACUCCAGCAAGAAUCGUUACGAUAAUGUCAUACCGUAUGACAAUAACAGGGUUAUUUUGAAUCAACACAAGGAUUACAGACCUUCGCCUACUGGAUAUAUUAAUGCAAGCUUUGUUAAGGCUUCUGAGGGCGUUUCUCAGUUUAUCGCAACUCAAGGUCCACUGCCGCACACUGCAGAAGAUUUCUGGGAAAUGGUGAUGCAAUAUCACUGCCCUGCCAUUGUUAUGCUCACCAGAUUGGUCGAAAAUAACCACACAGUGAAAUGUGGAGAUUACUUCCAAGCAGAGGAUGGAGCUAGAGAGUUUGGUAAUGUACGCAUCACCGUUAAGUGGAUACAAACUACGGAAACUUCGUUAAUCUUGCGAUGCUUAGAAGUGAAAAACAAGGGGUCAAACGAGGCACCAUGUUCGGUUUUGCACAUUCAGUAUACAGAAUGGCCGGACUAUGGAGUACCGAAAGACACUGUUGCAGUUCGUGAAAUCUUCAAACGACUAUCUGCGGGCCCACAGUGUCUUGGCCCAAUCGUCGUGCAUUGCAGUGCUGGUAUUGGAAGAACUGGAACUUACUGUUUGAUACACAACACAAUCCAAAGAGUUCUUAACGGAGAUAUGAGUGCUUUGGAUCUUGUUAAUACCGUAACCACAUUUAGAUCACAGCGACUCGGAAUGGUUCAGACACUGGAGCAAUAUCAGUUCUGCCAUAAAGCCAUUGCUGAUGAACUACAAAACCUCAUAUCAGAUAGCAAAGCUCAUGCAUGAGAGAGAGAGAGAGAGAGAGAGAGAGAGAGAAUCAUCAUUGUUAUUGAUUGCUAAGUAUUAAUCAUAACUCCUAUUUUGAUUAUAAAAAAAAAUUAAAAAGUAUAUAUUAUUCUCUUGACUGGAAAAAUAGACUGAGUUGACCUGGUCUUGGAUCCAUGGUUCUCAACUGAGAAAAGUAUAUAUCUUAUUCUUCUAAUUAUUAUAAUUAAUAUUCAAUUUGAAUUAAAUAGUUUCUUCACAAGGAGUGGGAAGAACGGCUAAUAUAUUUUAUUUUUUUUGAAGAUUUUUCCUA